UACAGCAUGCUGGAGAGGACAUGGAUGCCAUCACUCUCUCCUCUUCCUCCUUCUCCCGCUUUUCCUUUUCUUCACCACACUCUUAGAAUCACGCUCUUCUACACAUAAUGCCUCAGAUAUAUCGUCGACAUUCUGAAUAUCAUCCUCUACCACCUAUGCGCCGGCAGACCAUCCAGCCAACCGAUGCCGACGACUCUAUUGUACUCUCCGACCUCGUCAGGACUGGCGAGGCCUCUCGUCUUCGACGCAGAGGUGCUAUGCGCUUAGACCAUAACUCUGCGCGCUCAGUAAUACUCCCUUCACUACCCUCAACGUCCGCUCCAUCGAGACCAAUCGUAAUGACACCCUCUAGGCCGUCUACCCCACCUUGGGGUAACCCGGACCUCCAGGGUGACGAUGAGUACACCUACGGAGGUGGAGAGUGGCGAGACUGGAAUACGGACGACACAGAGUUGCAAGCAGACGACAUCCGCCGAGAGGGUGUUGCUGCCUAUGCCGACGCCGAAGAAGCAGUCAUGCUGUUCUGCGGUGGUGAAAUGAAAGCUGUCGAAGAAGACAUGCCUUUUGUCCCCUCACCCACACCCACUUUUCCCAGAAAAUCCUCAUCUUCUCGAAGUCCUGUGCGGAAGACGAACGGAUGCGGAGCCGUCGUGCACAUGCAAGCAUUUCCGCAGCGGCCUCGUGGUGUGUAUGUAGGCAAAGAGGAUGCGACUCCAGCUGUCGUAGGACUCGAGUCGUCCUACUUUGAGAGUUCGGUAGUAGCCAAAAUGAUGAAGAGUGCCUGUGGUUGUAUACGUGAAGGAAUUGGCUGUGCAGUUUGCGGAAACACACUCGGCACGCGGUACAUGCCCUGUCAGGCAGCUUCUGCAGGCAUCUUUGCUUGUGCCGGAGCUCCUCCCUAUUCAUCUCGACCAGUUCAUCCCUCAGGGCCUCGGUACUGGGACUGCACGUCAUCGCUGCGCUGUCAAGCAUCGUCCUCGAAGGAUUCUUGUCCAUCUACCUUCUAUGUCUACACCUUCUUCAGCGACCAUGUGACGGCAGCCCCGACAUAUCACAAGACGGCACACACCCAUGCGGUGCCUUCCUUACAAGACCGACGACCUCGGGAACCUCCCGCCAUGCGACGUAGUCUUACCCCACCCACACCGCUCUCACCGCCGCGCCCCUCUUUCGUUGAUUACACUUUCACAGCGUCACCUCGACCGUUGUCCGCCAAUUCACUUCCGACUCAAUCGCAAGAGUCCUUUCCACUGACCUUACCCCCACCUCCUCGAGUGGUUCCACGAACACCUCAGCCUCAAUUGGAGGUGUACAUACCGCCGAGUUUGAGGAGGGUAAGGAGGGAUGCCUCAUCUGACGUCACCACGCUGAGAGAUGAUACUACUGUUGUCGAGUUGGAUGCCGAUGGGGUCGUCGUUGAUUCUGAGCCGAAUUCACCUGACAAGGUCGGAAAUGAGACGAUGCUUUGGCCUGGUCGAUGAAUUAUGGCCCUUUUCGCCUGGAAUUCCCGUUUAGUGAUGGUAUCUUGGGACUAAUUCGUCACCCUCAUCUUCCUUCAUCCUCAUUUCAAUCACCUUCCAAUCACCAUCUGAUCCACGUUUUUGCAUAUACAUAUUUGUCCAACGGCCCUGCAUGUUCCUUUAUCGCAUUUUCACCACAUAGAUAUCCAGUUUCAUUGAAUGAUUUCCCGCUCACGAUCAGGUCAUGUGUCAUGUACAUAACAUAACGGUUUCUCCUUUUACUAUUUCAAUCUUUCCAGCAUUUUUUUUUUCUUUUCAUAUGACUGCUCAUCAUGACUGUACCUUAUGUAUCUUCUAGUGUCAUGCAUCGUUGCUUGACCAGGUUUCGUGCCAUUUCUUGUGUG